UCCGGAGAAAGGACGUGGCCCUGACCCGCGCUGGCAUGGACGGCAAGGCGCCUGCAGACGGCAUCGCGGCGCCUCUGCCAGGAAGAUGCGGCUACUUCGUGGCGAAGAAAAAGAGAUAUUGCAAAAUGACCGUCGCCGGGGGGAAGCUGUUCUGCGGGGAACAUGCAAAUGCAGCACCACAUCGCGACGUCAGGUCGGGGAGCGAUCCCCCCACCACCAUGUAAUCCCGUGCGACCUGCUCCAUGGUCAGAUAGUCGGCAACUAAAUCGUCUCCCCCACGUGGUUUGCCAGGGUGAAAGCCAACGGAAAAGAAUACCAUGCCCACUUGACCCAAAGCAUACCGUUGAUGAAGAUAAAUUAGAAAAGCAUCUGAAAAAGUGUAAUGCAAGGGAAAAACCAAAACCUAUCUAUUAUAGUAAAAGUAUCAAUGGAGGCUAUGCAGAUGGAUUGGACAUGGCCAAACAACAGGUUUCUAUUUGUGCUUUGUCCAAAGAAGAAUUGGAGAAUAUGAUAAGCAAGCUGCUAAAAGCAACCAACAGUUUGGAUUCGCAGCUAACUGACCAAACAUCGACCCACAGAAUAUUGGAGCAAGCUCUGAAUGAUCCGAGAAAUGGAGAAUGUGCCUUUAAACAUUUGAAGCAGAAGGCUUCACUUGCUGGUAAUUUGGAAAGAUUGGGUUUGCUGGGAUCAAACAGAUGUUUUAUCGAGUUUGGUGCUGGUCGAGGAAAAUUGUCUCAUUGGAUAGAUCUUGCUUUGCAAGACGCCAAGAAUGCCCAUUUUCUCCUUGUGGAAAGAGCUUCCACUCGUUUCAAGGUUGAUGGUAAACACAAACGCCAGGGCUCAACAUUUGAGCGGCUUCAAAUCGACAUAGAAGAUCUCAACCUAAGUAAUGUGCCUCUUCUUGCACGAGAAAAACUGCCAGUGGUUGGAAUUGGCAAGCAUUUGUGUGGAGCUGCAACAGAUCUUGCUCUGAGAUGUAUACUAAGUUGUUAUAAAACAGAACAGGAAGAUUCUGACAAGGAACCACUGAAAAAAAAGUUGAAGAGUGAAAUGGGAACCACAAAGGAAUACUCAAUGAACCUUUCUAACGAAACUGUAUUAAUGACUCCAAAUGAACCAUCAGUCCUUGGUAUUGCUAUUGCACUGUGCUGUCAUCACCGGUGUGAGUGGAAGCAUUAUGUGGGCAAAGAAUUCUUCUCCUCACAAGGUCUUACGGCGGAGGAUUUUGAGAUCUUUCAACGUUUAUCAAGCUGGGCCACCUGUGGCAUGAAAAGGCAGCCUAUUGACAACGAACAUUGGAAAGCGAAUCUGGAAGAGCACAACUUUGAGAAAAACUCUACUUAUGAAGGAACGCUGACCACGGGGGAACGAGAACACGUGGGACACAUGUGCAAGCGGUUGAUAGACCAAGGUCGCAUUUGGUAUUUGCAGCAGCAAGGAUUUGAUUCUGCUGUGCAGUAUUACACUAGUCCCAGCGUCUCACUGGAAAAUGUCCUGCUUACAGCUAUUCCCUCUCCAACAAUUCAACAAACGGUGAGGACUGUUAAGUAAGAUUCAUUGGUCAUCGAAGAGUUGUGAACUGUCAGCAACAGUGUGCUUUAUUUGUUAUCUAGGCAAUUUUCCUUGUUUCUGCCGCUUAUAGUGACAAGAAUUAAAUGCAGGUGUGGAGUGU